AUGCGCAAAUGGCUCGGAACAUUUUCCACUCCCGAAGCUGCUGCCCGUGCAUUCGACCAAGCUGCUCGGGAGCUCCGUGGGACCCGGGCAAAGACGAACUUUCCACUGCCCGAGGAGCAGGCGGGCAAGGGUGGAGAGAUAAAUUGUGACAGGGAGACGGCUGUAAAGAGAAGGCCCUCAAAACGAGGUGUAAUUGUUGAUAAGGAUGAUGGAAAUGUGGGUGGGAUGUGCCGUGGUGGUGCGGGUGGGGAAGGGUCGUCAUGCCCUAGAAAUGAUGCACCCGUAUGGGAAGGGUCUUGCAAUGUCAGCAUGAAUGGAUCAGUAUCAAAAGGGGAGCUGGUUUCUGCGAGGAGUGUGAAUUGGAAGGAGAAGCGAGAUCAAGAGCAGGGCAGGGAAGAAGCUGAGGAGAGGAGUGCGGAGGGGAGUGGGGAGGACAAUGAUGGAGGGGAUGAUGGUAGGAAGGAUGGAAGGGAGGAUGAGGACCGCUAUGCUCGCGGAUGGUUCAUGAAUUUGAUUUCAAGCGAAAGUGCGUGUGCAGAUGCAGAGAACACAUGCUGGAUGGCCCUCGACUCAAGAGAGAGUGCAUGUGUGGCUGCCAAGUUUUCCAACAGAGCAGCAUGGGCAUGUGCUUUUGCUGAACCAGCUUACCCUACUCCUGGCAACCAUAAGAUCAUGGCUCUUGGUACCCAGCUUGCUCCCCCUGUAGCUCCAGAGAUCACACAUGGAAAGCGUUUGCUGCGAGAGCAGGAAUUGGUGAUGGGGGGAGCGGUGGAUCUAACGGCGUUGAUUGGGGAUGCCCCUAAUGCCCCAGAAGGUGCAGAUGGAGAGCCAUUGCUGGAUGGGGAUUCUCUGGAAGAGGCACGGGUCACGGCAGGAGCAAGCAAUCUGGCACUGCUGGUUGGGAAUACCCCUGAUGCUUCGGUGAUGGCAGAUGGAGAGCGCUUGCUGCUCAGGGAUGCUCUGGAAGAGGGACCGGUAGCAGGAACAGCAAGCAAUCUUGCAGUGGUGGUUGGGGAUGCUCUUGAAGAGGCACUGGGCGCAGGAGGAGAAGAUGAUCAGGCAGAGCUGAUCGGAGACCAGCCUGAGUUCCCAAAUGACUUCCCAAACGGUUUCCCAAAAGGUCACCAUUUUGGGUGUGCUGGGGACAGGAAGCUGGCAAGGCACUCUGGAGAGACAGGGGAGGAAGGGGGGCGUGUGGGGGAGUCAAUGAAGGAAGGAGAGGAAGGGAUGGAAGGGGAUGCAGAGUGGAAUGUGGUGCUGAGUCACAUGGAGGAGGUUGCUGCUGCUGUGUCUUCUGAGUCGGGCAAUGCUGGGGGUGUGACUGUGAAAGCUGUGACAGCAGAGGGUGUGACAGCAGAGGGUGCUGCAGAGGAUGAUGAUGUUCAGACGUGGAAAGAAUUUGCUGCAAGAGCGAACGCUCUGGAAGAGACACGGGUCACAGCAGGGCGGUCUGGAGAGAAAGGGGAGGAAGGGGAGCGUGGGGAGAAGUUGAGGAAGGAAGGAGAGGAAGGGGUGCAAGGGGAUGGAGAGAAGUGGGAUGCAGUGAUGAGUUACAUUGAGGACUUUUCUGCUGAUCAAUCUGCAGAGUCAGGCAACGCUGGGCUGGAUGGUUGGAUGCUGGAGGACCUAGUGCCGCUUGAAGGGUUGACUCUAGAGGGUGUGGCUGUAGAGGGUGUGGCUCCGGUGUGA